AUGAAACCGAAUACUUCGGACUCCAAGUUGAAAAAUAAAUCUUCGUCCAAAAAAGAAGAUGCAUUGGAGUCUAAUCGCAAGGCGAUAAUUCAGAAAUUCAAGGGAGUUAAGCGGAAUAAGAAUGUGAUAUUUCCCAAAGUUAAUUUGGAUGCGUAUCCGUUGAUACCUGAUUUAAUGAAAGUCGAUAAUGAGAUGAUUGAGGAAAGCCUGUCAACUGUUAUUUAUCAUGAACCAAUUAAGCCGGUGAUUGAAAUUUCCGAAUUAAAUCAGCCAAAACGCCUUCCGAAAGAAAUGCGGUGUUAUCGUUCGCUUAUUCGCCAAUACUUGCGCCCCGAACCAUUUACAGUGCCAUACUCAGUUUUGACACAGCCGAGAAUAAUCGCUGGUGUCGACGUUACGGAGCUUACAAAACGCUUCGCGAAUUUUGAUAAAUUCCUUCUAUUGCAUAAUCUGUCGGUCGCGAGAAGAGAAUUCUUACAGUAUGACAGAAAGAUGUUUAAAAGCUUCAAGCGUGUCGCUGCUAAAGAUGUCGACAUGAACAAUCCUGAUUUAUUCGGAUAUUAUAAAUUGUUCCCAUUUUUUAAUAAUGAACCACAAAAAGUUAGAUUCAGAAAAAUGUACGAUUUUAUUGAGGGAAUCUGUUCGCUUCGGUAUAAUUUCGAUUAUCAAAAGGAACCGGAAUACAGUGAACGCGAUGAGUAUCGAAAAAUUUAUUUGGAAUGCGCUAUUAAAAUGAAAAAUAUGGGAAAUAUUGCUGCCUUUGACGAUCUUUUCCAUAUGCCAAAGAAAUCUCAGCCAGUUGGACGUCGUCAAGAUCCGAUGAUGAAAUAUUUAUCGAAAUCAAUGGAAAAUGUGUCUUCGCUAGAUAUUCCGUGUGAAAAAAAUCCGAGAGCUGAAUCACUGCCUAGACAAAAAUCACCAAUUAGGAGUCAAUCAAUCGCAGCGACGGCUGUUACGAAUUCGAAACCAAGAAAAACUAGAAGAAAACCGUCUCAGGUGAAACAAGGAUCGUAUGAUCCGCGAGCAGCUGCCGUUCCUCCACUAAUCGGAUUGAAUUCGAUCCCAACCACAUCGAAGGUGUAUCGAAUUCCAAAGAAGUCAAAGACUGUUGAUGAAAAUAAUAAGACUUUGGAGAAUUCUUUUAAUCGAAACGCAGUAUUGCCAAAACAACGGAAAGAUUCGGAAGAAGCUAAUACGCAUGUGGCUGUCACGAACCGACCUUUGGCAAACAACAUUAGCAACACAUGCCCUUCCACCAACGCACCAAGUACUUCAACACAAAAUUCAACGGACUGCAUUCGUCAAUGUCCAUCAACAAGUAGGACGGUUGAUCAAAUGUUGAAUCAUCAAGAAACGAACGAAUCGCCGGCCACUUCGAAUAUGCGAUCUAAGCCAACUGUAGAUGCUAUGUUAGCCCAACAACGUUCUCGAAAAGUUGUCGAUAUGAUGACAACUACAACUAAGAAGAAACCACUUAAUUUGAAAGAUGGAUCUCGACCAAUAUUAGAGAGGGCUGAUUUACACUUACCCGGUUCACGACUAAACAAUGAAAGACGGGAACCUGGAUAUGUUCAUGAAGACGCACUACUAAAUGACUAUGCACGAAGAAGCACAAGCAUAGGAAUUGGUUAUGAUUCUCGAAGCUACGGUCGGUACAACCGUCAGUGUCCGGUUCUCAAUUACCUACCGUUCCACGCCUGGUAA